AUGGAGCAUCAAAUCAUUUCUUUCUGUCGACGUCAUCAUUUUCAAGAAAAACCAUUGGAAAUUGAUCCACAUAUAUCCGCAUUGACAUUCUAUGAUUUGCACCAGAAAAACGUUACUAGUGCUCAAUUAUAUUCAUGGUCAGCUCAUAUAGAUCUCAUCGAAGAAUAUGAAGCAUUUCGUCAAAAUUUUUCUGAUCACCGCAUUACCGGAUCAUCGAUGAUGUUUUACAACUGCUCAUCGAAAAAUAAAUUUGGUCGAUUCUGGCAAUCCUCCUUCGAUUCCAAGAACUCAUUCAAUCGUAUUGCCAAAGAAGUGUUAAUAAAAACUCAUUCGGUUUCAUCAAGCACUACUUGUUUUCUGCAUUUGAAUUGUACGCAUGAUGAACUAUCAUGGUGUUUGGAUUGGCGCGAAAUACGUGAUGGAAAAGUUGACUGUUGGCCUAUUCCUGUUGAUGAACAAAAUUGUGAACAGCUGGAAGAAAAUGAAUGUGGGCCAAACGAAUAUAGAUGCUUUAAUGGUCAAUGUAUUCCAGAAAUAUUCCUAGCAGAUAAUGUCUUUACUCCUGAUUGUAUAGACAGAACAGAUGAAGACUUUUUUCAAACCACACAGUAUCCACAAAACUGCAAAAAGGGUGAUCCAGCAUUUCGAUGUACGGAAAUCACGUAUUCUCAUUGGGUAACCAGCGGUCAAUAUUGUUGUGAGUUCUCAUGUGGUUUCGAUUCUUGCCGCGCAUAUGUUCUUGAAGCAUUUGAGCGAGGUCUCUUAUCAUACAGUGCUAAUACUCAUCUUACACAAAAAUGUUGGGCUACUAUGAUCUGUCUUGUUCAAGUAACACAACGAAUUUCUUUUAAUGAUGACAGUUAUACACAUUUAUUCAAUGGCAUUUGUGAAAAUGUUUGCUCAGAGCAACACCAACCAUGUCGUGCGAAAAUGAUUGAACAUUGUCCCCCGUUAUUUGAAUUCCCUGCAAAGGCUCUUGGAUGGCAUCAACUACAUUUUGUUUAUUCUUGGAAUCGAACAAAUGGAAGUACAAUGCCUCAUUCACCAGAUUAUAUCUGUUAUAAUGAAGAAGAUUGUUCGAUUUCUCAACCUGUUACUAAAUUUAGAGCAUUAAGUAAACCUUCUGUCAUUCUUGCUUGCGAACUUCCUGAUGUCCAGAAAUCUAGAAUAAAUUGGGUUUUAGAAGCAGCUUUUUUUCGAAGACAACUGAAUAUGCAAUGUUCCCUAAAAACCAACAGAAAAGACAAUUACUGUUCUGGAGCCAAUCAAUUUCAAUGUAGUAAAAAAUGUAUUUCGACACAUCGUCUAAUGAAUCGUCAGGCCAUAAACAUUGCUUAA